AUGACGAGUAAUGAAUUAAUUAAAAGAAAUAUUCUUCAAUUUGUUGCUUCACAAUAUGAUCCUCUAGGAUUUCUAGUUUCUAUAAUUGUAAGAUUUAAAUUAAUUUUAUGGAAAAAAACGUGGGAUCAAGUUAUAAGUUAUGAAUAUCAACAAGUUUGGGAGUCCCUUAUCAACGACAAGACGACAAAUUAUGGCGUACGCAAUAGCGAUAUAUUAGAGAAAAGGAAUGCGAGUGGCCACAAUGUGAGUUUCAAGCACAAGGGCAUGAAGAGCAUGAAGAAAUGGAAAAAAAUAGGUUGA